AUACAGAAAGCACCACCACAUCCUUCUGAAUGCUGACUCAACCGCUUCUCGCAAUUGGUCCACCUGCACACGGAUGUGGAAUCGUCAUUGCGCAGUACAGUUCCGGGAUCUAAGUGCUUUACUUCCUGUUCAAUGUGCAGUGUCUGUAGUGAGUCGUUUGUUAAGUUGUAGGUCUGGUACUAAGCUAAUCGUUGCUAAGAAAUCGUUACCAUGCCUCUAAAAUUUGAACUGUGUCCUGGCAGGAUGAUUGGGGGCAACUACCCCUGUUUCAUUAUUGCAGAAAUCGGGCAGAAUCACCAAGGAGAUAUCGAAAUAGCCAAGAAAAUGAUCCGGAUGGUAAAGGACUGUGGGGCUGAUUGUGCGAAGUUCCAGAAGAGUGAGCUGGAAUACAAGUUUAACAAGAGUGCUCUGGAGCGACCUUACACCUCUCCGCACUCCUGGGGGAAGACUUAUGGGGAGCACAAGCGCCAUCUAGAAUUCAGUCAUGAGCAGUACAGGGAGCUCCAAAAAUAUGCUGAGGAGAUUGGGAUCUUCUUCACGGCCUCUGGGAUGGAUGAGAUGGCAGUUGAGUUUCUUCAUGAACUUAAUGUGCCUUUUUUCAAAGUGGGAUCUGGAGACACCAACAAUUUUCCAUAUUUGGAAAAAUGUGCAAAGAAAGGCCGUCCAAUGGUGGUUUCCAGUGGAAUGCAGUCCAUGGAGACUAUGCGCCGUGUUUACCAAACGGUGAAAGCAAACAACCCCAACUUCUGUAUCCUGCAGUGCACCAGCGCAUAUCCGCUGGAACCAGAGAACGUCAAUUUGCGGGUGAUCAUGGAAUACCAAAAGGAGUUUCCUGAUAUUCCAAUUGGGUACUCUGGCCAUGAGACUGGAAUUGCUAUCACAAUCGCUGCAGUUGCAUUGGGAGCCAAAGUUGUUGAGCGUCAUGUGACACUGGACAAGACCUGGAAGGGAAGUGACCACCAGGCCUCCCUGGAACCCCAGGAGCUGACUGAACUGGUGCAGGCCAUCCGGACUGUGGAGAGAUCUUUGGGCUCCCCCAUUAAACAGAUUCUGCCCUGUGAGAUGGCUUGUCACAACAAGCUGGGUAAAUCUGUGGUGGCAAAAACAGCCAUUCCCAAAGGCACUGUGCUGACUAUUGACAUGCUGACAGUCAAGGUCGGAGAACCCAAGGGUGUUCCCCCCCAGAAUAUCUUCGACCUGGUGGGAAAGAAAGUGAGCAGGGACAUCGUGGAGGAUGAGACAGUUGUUGAAGAAGCAGUAGAGAGUUAUGGAAAGAAGGCAAAAUGCUAACCAAAUCUCGUAGAGCUCUGAAUGUGUAUUGACUGGCAUCACAAUGUACAGUUUGGCACUUCAUUUUAAGUGUCAGUUAGUACAUAUUAGGUACUAUGUAAAGACAUAGUUAUAACUACGUAUACAAAUGCUAUAGUACAUAAAAGUAUAUACACUUUUAUAAUAACAAAGUGUCUGUGAUUAGCCUGCUAGAAUUGAUCAAAUAAGUACUGGCAAAUUUUAGUCAUCCACCAAAGAUUUCCAUAGAACUACAGUGGCUAUACCUACAGUAUGUACGUGCAUACAGGUUUAUUUUUAUUUGCCCUGAUUAAUCCGAAUCUUGGACUACCUAAUGUUACCUUAGGUAAGGUAGUCCAAGACUAGUGCUAAUCGGGGUCUGAGGAACCUGCCAAAAGUGUAGCUACUGCAACUUAAAAUUGAAUUAAUGGAACUAUUGUUUAAAACAGUACAUUUUGUAAUUUUGUAUUUAAAAACAGAAUGCAGUUUAAGAUUAGUUACCUUGGAUUUAGAAAUAAAUAAAUGAACGCAUUGUUUACACCCCCCAGUAGUUUACAGUACAGUAGUUUUAACUACAGAGGCACAUCCAUGUUUUUUGUUACCUUCAUUGGCAAACAGUAACCCAAAGUUUUAAUAUUCUAUACCUGUAUACAACAAGGUAUAUUAAAGUUUGGCCAUUUAAUAAUACACAAGCUAAAACCUGCCUCAAUUGACACUAAAAUAUAUUAUCUGCAAUGUGUCCUUUAACAUUUGUUUAUGUACAUGUGUAAUAUUUGGAUUGUAAGCCUUGUGUGAAUUGAUUUUAAUUCUUUAUCUUAAGAAUUAGUCAAAGGUAUUGAACUCUGCAUAUUGACUUACUGUAAUUGUCUAAAUCACUUUUUGUGCCACUGUGCAUUGUAUAGUGUUCAGAAUUGACGAAGAAUGAGUGUUGUUGCUUAUGUCAAGUCUGAAGUAGCACUUGCAUACUACAGUAUGUGCCAUAAAUUGAAACAUUUCUUUGUGUUAAAAAAAUGAAUUAAAAAAUCAUGAGCAACUGUACUGGAAGCCUUAUGAAACAGUUCCAAUUUACAGCUGAAUUAUGGUUUAGAUGAACUAAUAAAAACGGGGGAAACAUUG